UUUUCCUUGGUAUAUGAUAGUGCAUCUCUUGGUUGAGCUUCAUUUCUUCAUUGCUAAUUGCUAUUUGCUCAGCCAGCUAAUCUUGAUAUGGUUGAGAAUCACUCCCCAAUUAUUAAGCAGCCAAUGGAUUUUGGUACCAUGAGAGCCAAACUUCAUGAGGAUUUGUAUACAACCUUUGAACAAUUCAAGCUUGAUAUGUUUCUAAUGUGCUCCAAUGCUAUGAACACCAAUCCUGCAAACUCAAGCCAAUAUAAAGUGGCUAAAACUAUAAGCGUUCGUGCUAAGAGACUUUUUGAGGAUCUAAAUGCUGAAGAAAAUGAUGAGUGGGAAAAUUUUCCCAACAAGAGAAGAUCAAUUAGAAAAUCACGAGGUGGCCAACCUAGAACCCCACGAAAUGCAGGUGUUUCUAAACCUAUUGUGACAGAGAGAAACAAUAAUGCUGCUGUUUCUCAAGAAGACAAUAGAGACACAUAUUCCCCUCCAACUCUAAGCAGCAACUCAUCACUUUUCAAAGAAUAUUUGGAAGCUAACAAGUCAAAUAUUCAUUUGAUUCAAGAUCCUAGCAACUACAAAGAGAGUCUACAAAUGUUUGUGGAAGAUUUGGGACCAAUAGCUAAAAAAGUUGCAGCCAAGAAACUAGAGCCCUUAAGCCUUCAACAACAAAAGAAUGUUGACAAUAAUUACCAUGAUGCCCCUCCCGGAUUCAGCCACCCGCUAAUGAAUCCUCCUACUCCUCUUCCUCGUCCAGAUAACAUAACUGUCAUCAACACCAACGCUAGUCGCAAUGUUAGCAUCAACAAUAACAACAAUCGUCCGGUGAACAUAGAGAACAAAUGGAACGAGCGCGCCGCUUCUAUCCUGGCCGAGAUUUUUGUCAAGAAAGACAAACAACCAGAAAGCGACAACGUUAAGGGCAAAAUUGGUAAUGUGUUCCCUCUCCUUACAAGACCCUUUCAAGAGGGCACUAGCCAAAACAAUGUAAGUACCAUUGUUAGACCUACAAUUGUGAGACCUACAAUUGUGAUCCCAAAUGCUAAAAAGGAGUCAAAUUUUAGGGCAAGUGGUAGUAGCAACACUUCAAAACCAUCAUUAUUGGCCUCACCAAGACCAUGGCAACAAAGCUUUUUUGGGCCUAGGGUUUCAAAUUGGUCCUUUCCUAGGAACAACAACCUUAUAAGAUCACAUGCCACACACUUCUCCAAUGUACCAAACACAAUUGGGCCUAUGAGUUUCCAAGCUAUGUUGAUGGGUUCUCCAAACAUGGAUCUUAAACACCUGUUAGGCCCAUCUACAUCAAACACAAUUGGGCCUAUGAGUUUCCAAGCUAUGUUGAUGGGUUCACCAAGCAUGGAUCUUAAACACCUGUUAGGCCCAUCUACAUCAUCCCCUCAAGGUGUUGCUAAUAACAUGGGAAUGCAGCAAAAUUACCAAAUUGCCCCUAUUCAGGUUCCACCUAAGCAAGAAGCAGGAGUUUCAUGUUCACUCUCAAUUGGUGGAUUGAAUUACAAUGAAGAAGGAGUAGGAGGUGUUGGUGUGGACCAGCGAGAAGAAGCAACUACCCUGCAUCUUCUUUGGGACAAUGACCCAUAUACCAACUUGUCACUUUGACUCAAACAUAUUUAUGGGUGUUACAUUAUGAAUCCUAAGGUAUGCUAUAAAUUGCUAAAUAGCUCUAAGUUUGGACAUCUUUUAAGAUUAUUGUAGUUGGAUUUGGAUGAUAAUAUUGCUGUCUGUUCAUCAGAAAGACUAGCUAGUAAGUUAUUGCUCUUGUUACAUUUCUUUUAAAAUAUACAAAGACUAAUUUAAUUUGCU